AUGAAGUGCAAAUAUUGCAAAGUUUCUGUGAAUUCAUUUAAAUCCUACAAAGUGCACCACAGUAUUGAUCAUGCAAACCAACCUUUCAUGUGUCCAAAUGAAUCUUGUGGGAGGACUUAUGGUGUGGCUGAGUAUAGGAACUUUUUGAAGCAUGACUGCUCUGGACUUUCAAGUAAUUUGAGUUGUGCUAGUAGUAACCAUAUCACUCCCUCUCUAACUUUUGCUCUUCAUGAUUCUUCCAAUUUGGAACACGAAAGUGAUCAGAGUUCAAAUAAUGCUAGUUCACAUAGUGGUCAGAGUUCAAAUGACUUUUUAAAAAACAUGAUCAGUGACACAGACAUUUUUGUGAGCAAGUUAUAUUGUAAGCCUAAGUUGCCAAGGCAGUACGUCCAAGAUAUUGUUAGUGAUUGUAACUCAUUUGUUAAUAACAGUGUACUCUCAAAUGUAAAGAAUUCUUUGCUUACUUCAAUGACUUUGGACUGUGAUCAAAUUAAAAAUGUAGAGACUAUUUUCUCAGAGUAUGCUAAUCCGUUUUCGCACUUAUCAACAGAGUACCGCCGGUUUAAAUACUUUGAAAGUAAUGGUGAUUAUAUUCCUCCAGUGCCUCAUAAAAUUGGAGAAGUUGACAUCAGUGUUAAAACAAGUAAUGGUCCUGUUCUUAAAACAAAGGAUUGUUUUGUACAGUGUGUCCCACUAGGGAAAGUGCUGAAAAAGUUUUUAGAAAUUCCUGGUUGCCUCAAUGAAAUUUUGUCCUAUAUGAAUUCUGUUAAUGCUAAUGUAAAUUCUAAACAAAAUUUUAUCCAGUGUGAACUGUGGAAGACUAAGCGUUCAAAAUUUUCAGAAGGAGAUAUUGUACUUCCUCUUCAUUGUUACUUUGAUGAGGUGGAGAGUAACAACCCUUUAGGUUCACAUACUGAUAAAUUAGGUGCUGUCUACCAUUCUAUUCCUUGUCUUCCAGAGGAAUGUCAGGAAUCUACCGUAAAUAUAUUUUUAGGUUUACUGUUUGAGUCUUGGAUGAGGGAUUUUGGUGAUGAAAAAGUUUUUCAACCUUUGAUAGAUGAGCUUAUUUCUCUUGAAACUAAUGGUAUUCUCAUUGACACACUAGAGGGGCCCAAAAGGAUUUACUUUGUCACUGGCCUCUUGUUAGGAGACAACCUUGGACUUAACUCUCUUGGUGGGUUUGUUGAAUGUUUUACAUCUAAUUUCUUUUGUCGAUUCUGUAAAACUCACAGAAAAGUUACUACUACAAUGGCUGUUGAAGAUAAAAGUACUUUGAGAACUGUACAGUCAUAUAAUGAUGAUGUGGCUCUAAGUGAUUAUUCUGUUACUGGAAUCAAGACUAAUUCGGUUUUUAACCAGCUGAACUCUUUCCAUAUAACUUCAAAUUUUGCAGUAGACGGAUUUCACGACUUAAGUGAGGGGGUUGCCCAUUAUGUAAUGCUCCAUGUUUUAAAACAUUGCAUCCCAACCUAUUUUACCAUUGAAGAACUUAACCAUAGGAUAGCAUUGUUUCAAUAUGGCCCUUGUGAUUCAAACAAAAUGCCCCAGGUGUCUACUGAAUUCUCUGCCCGCCAUAAAUUGAAAAUGUCAGGGUCGGAGACAGUCCUAUUUGUGAAAUUGUUCGGUCUUCUAGUUGGUGAUAGGGUGCCUCUUGACGAUGAAUAUUGGCAUUUGUAUUUGAAACUUGUAGAAUUGUUUGAUAUUUGCCUCUCAAAGAAUGUAGCUACUUCACUGGCAUUGUCUUUAAAUGUUAUUGUUUCAGAGUUUAAUUCAAUGUAUGUUAAAGUUACUGGAGAUACCUUAAAAGCAAAAUUUCACCACCUUGUGCAUUACGGCACAGUUUUUGAUCAGAGUGGGCCUAUUACUGGUAUGUCAACUAAGUCUUUCGAAAGGAAACAUCGCUCACUUACCAUCCCACUUGGUGCUACAGAGUCCCGCAGAAAUAUUGCUUUAACAGCAGCUAUUCAACACCAACUGAAUCUCUGUCAUCGUUUUAAAUCUAGAACGUCUCUUUUACCUGAAACAGAAUUGGGUCCUUCCUGUGAGGUACUGCUAGAUGAUUUUAAUAAUCAGACGUUUUUGAAAUUGCUUCCCAAGUGCAUGCGUUCCUCGUCAGAGUUGCUGUCUCCUAGUUGGUUGAACUUAAAAGGAACUAGGUAUAAAUCAGGAAUGGUGCUGCUUCUUGACAUCUCUAAGACUGGAGGUCCUGUUUUAGGAGUUGUUGAAUCUAUUUUAAAUUGCACGUGUCAUGAUGAUUUUGUUUUUGUUUUCUCCUACCUUACUGUACUUGGUUUGAACGAACAUGUUCAUGCUUAUGAGGUUCAAACUAGUGACAAUUGGUCUUGCAUAAAACCUGUCAAUUUGUAUGACCCACUCCCUUUAAACAUUUAUCACUCUGUUUGUGAUAAAAAAUAUGUUAUUUUGCGGUAUAUGUUGUGA